AUGUCGCUUCAUACCGAGAUUCACGUGCCCGGCGCCUUCUGCCCGGACGGCGUUCAUCCAGGGAUCUUCCGCCCACCAACUACUACAACACCGAACACCGCAUCAGCUGCCAGCUCGGGUUACCUGCCUCCACGCGACAUCAACCCCAAUAAUCAUUAUGGUAGCAUCAAACGCAAACGAAACCAUGACCGCGAACCGGAUCCUUUUGCACGAUCGCGUGCCCCUGCCACGACAACCCGAUACAACAUCGCUGGGCAGCUCGAUACCCCUGGUGGUGAGCGCGCGGACUUCUUGGGCGAGAGCAUGUUCUCCGACGCAGAUUACCGACGGAUGCUUGGAACAAAGCUGCCCGCUGGGCAAGUGGAAGAGCCGGUCUUUGGAAGGUACCCCCUGACGGCGCCUGCUCAACCACAACAAAGCUGGGGCGCGUUUGCUGUCUCGACGUUGGGCGGCGUCGUCGGUAAACUGUGGCAGUUCUGCCGCGCUGGGUCAUUCACUGGAUUCCACGCCGGCGGUGGUCGCGGGUAUGACCAGGAUGGGAACACGGAAGACGACCAUGACAUGGCUAUGAAUGGCAGCGCCCAAAUACCGGAGCAGUAUACUUAUUAUAAUCUUGGAGAGGAACAGGAGGAUGCCACCGCCAACAGCAGGGCCUCGACACCUACCCGACCAGCAGCGAAGCGGAGACAAACAAGCGUCCCCGACGAGCUGGGCAAGAACUGGGUCAUGGUGAAUGAGAAUGGCGCUGCAUACGCCAGCCCCAAGACGAUCUAUCGGCCCUCCCAGGCCAUCACUGGCGUCAGCGCCAUUUUUCAGCAAAGACCGGCCAACAUCUUCAGCGUCGUAUGCUUCUCCGAGAUCGCCAAGCCCAACGAAGCAGAUCACUGCGGACACACCGUUAUCGUCAUCACCGGCGAAGCAGCGACUGUCACGUCGACAUCGACCCUCCACCUCAGGCUCAGAUUCGCGCGCGAGGAACAAUUCAACGACUUCCGAGUAACAGGCCUCAACAAGACUGUGGAGGAUCUCAUCCGGCAAGGCCAGAUGGCACUGGCAACAAAGGUGGAAGUCGAAGGCAGUGGUUGGGAGGAUGAUGACUGA